GGGACUGGAGAGCGGGCGUGCGCGGACCUGCUGUUACUGCUGCCUCUCUCUUGCCUCUGCCUCUCCUCUGGAACUCAGCGGCCGCAGUAUUGAUGUAGACGUCUGACUGUGUCCUACGGCUCUCCAUCCCCGCUGCCGUCACCGCCCUGAAUCUAGAUGCUAUCGUGAUCCUUCUCGCUGUAGUGGUUCGAUCGGUGACGUAUUGGAAAGGGGCCUUUGAUAUUCCGCCUUAAAUUGGACGUCCUCUGAAGGUGCUGUCACUGUCCUGCCGACCGUCCCUGGCUGACAUUGGGCGCGUGAGAACAUGAGUGAGAGAGGCCGCGGCGGACGAGGCGACACGCGGGCAGGCGAGGAGAGGCGAGGUGCGUGAGACCCAGCGCGGGGGAGGAGGAGGGCGAGCUGAUGACCUUGGCUACUCGUGAAGGUCAGGCCGGCAGGUCACGAUGGCCCGAUGGAAGGAAAGCAAGGCGUCCAGGAAGAAGGAUGGGGGCGGGGGCAGCACGUCGGUCAUGCUGCGUCUGCUGGUGCUGCUGUGCGUGGUGAGCAGCAUGGCCCUGGUGCUGCAGCUCAACCUCACCAACCAGCACAACCUCAUGCUCAGAAACAUCAAGGGAGCGGAGGAGCCUCGGGCAUGGGCGGCGCAACCAGCUGAUCCCUUCUGCCGCCCCCGCCGCCACCUCGUGUUCCUCAAGACUCACAAGUGCGGCUCGUCCACCCUCCAGAGCUUGUUCCUGCGCUACGCCGCCGCCAACAAUCUCUCCGUUGCCGUGCCGUACUCCGGGGUAUACCUGGACGCCGCGGCCACCGGGCAGUCCCUCAGGGUGAAGGAGCUCAAGGAAUCGCCCUUCGCGCCGCCCUCCGGAAAGUAUCAUCUGCUGGUCCACCACACGAGGCUGAACGUCCGCGCCAUGCAGCAGAUCACCUACAACGACUCGGUGUGGGUGACGAUUCUUCGGGAGCCCGCCGCCGUCUUCGAGUCCAUGUUCCACUAUUACCGCCUCCACAAGUUCUACGGCGCCACCUUCGACCACCUCGUCUGGAAGCUCGGGGCCAGGGACGGGGGCAAGUUCUUUCUCAAGAAUGCGGAAACUAGGUAUCAGGGCCGACUAGGGAGGAACCAGAUGAGCUUCGAUCUGGGGCUGGACGACCUCGACACCCACAUGGAGUCUGUUCUUCGGGACGCCAUCAAGAUUCUCGACGACACCUUCCACUUGGUGCUGAUAGCGGAGCGCAUGGACGAGUCGCUGGUCCUGCUCAGGCAUCUCAUGUGCUGGAGUGAGGACGACACGGUGGCCAUGGCCCGCAACGUGAGGAAGGACCAGUACCGUAGUUACCUCAGCGAGCAGGCAGUGGCCACGCUGGAGCACUUCAACGCCGCGGAUGUGAAGCUGUACGCGUUCUUCAAGGAAAAGUUCGACAAGCACGUGGAGGCCUUCGGGCGGGGGCGGAUGGAGCGCGAAGUGGUGGCCUUGCGCGCGAAGAGAGACAAGGUGUGGAAGCAGUGCGGCCUGAGGGAGUCACGGUCCUCGUCCUCCUCCAAGCACCGCCAGACCCCCGGCAAGGACCACCACGUCAUCGAGUAUCAGGUGCACGUCAACGGCUCCAGCAGUUCGGCGCGCAAGCUGCGGAAAUACUGCCAGGAACUGAUCGAGUCGGGCACGGACCUGACGCAGAUGCUACGCUGGAAGCAGUACACCCGCUACCAUCAACGCGCCGCCCGCUCCUCCCUGGAUUUGUCUUGGUCCCAGACUCUCAAGAAGAAAACAAAGAGGAAACCGCGGAGAGUCGCAGCGUUGGCAGGCCGUCGCACGCAUCGCAAGGAGAGGCGUCCAGCCGCGGGCCACCGCCGCCCGCAGACUUAACGAAUUUUAGAGGAACUUGUCGUCCGCUAGCUUACUGUUGAUGUCUUUGAUGGAGAAGAAAACUACAGUCUAUCAAGCCGUGUCCAUGUCACGUUCGCAUAUCAGCAUGAAUAGAUAUAUAUGGUGGCGGGUCGUGCCAGGGCCUUGGUCGUGCAGACUUGCGGAAAAUACUCCUGAAUGAUCUCUGCGGCCCUGCUCGUCCACGUCCUUCCUUGUUGCCUGUAACCUGAUGUAUUUCUUGACUUUUGUAACCUUCUCGGCAGUAAUUUCUCUUAUACAUGCAUAGAGCGUCGAGCAGUCGUCGCCACUGCAGGACAAGCGUAAACACAGUCUGAACACGCAAUGUAUACAUCGAUCGGUGUUGUGCCUUACUGUGCGAGGGAUGACGUGCAUGCAGCCCAGCCAGGCCGACCAGCAGAGGGAUACGAGAGGCUGAAAAGACGGCUGCCGCAGGUUGACGCUCACACCGACAGAGGCUGGCCAUGGUGCUGGGUCUGUAGAAGUGAGAGAUGAGGGUCGGACGUCAUGCAAGGUUAGUAUUCUUUUUACAGCAAGGGGGGCAGCUCAAGGGCAAAAAGCAAAACCAGCAACAAAAAAAGCCCGCUAAACUGCUCCAACAAAAGAAAAAAGAACAAGAGGAAGAUAAAUGACGCUUGUGAGACAGGGAAAUAGGAAGAGGAGAUAAACCAAAUAAAGAUGGGAAGAAGAACAGGGAAUACUAAUAGACAGGGUUUGUAUAGGAAUGAAGGAUCAGCAAGUUAUAAAACACAGGUCGCGUUCUUGGAAGAGUGAUGAUGAGGCGAAACGGCUGUAUAGGUAUAGCGAACUUGGUCUUGUUGUAAUAUACUCCGUCAGUGUCAGUCGUGAUUGCUUUCCUUGGGUUAUAUUUGGAUGGAUGACCGCCAGCAAACCCACGCAUUAUUGAUAGAUGUGACUCAUGAUAUGUCGCCAAACGUACCUGUAUCUUCCACUCCACGUGAGCGAUCGUGUUUAUAGCUAAGAACAUAUAUAUAUAGAUGGCUUUAUCAUGGCGAAGUAUGUUGAUUGAUAGAUAAAGGCUGCAUGGUUGGCACUCGUCACGCAUUGGCAGUCGUUAAUUACAUAUACCACCCCGAUGAAGCACACUCUUGUUGUUCUUCAAGUCGUGAUCUGCAGUUUGACGAUUCCGUUGUAUGCAAGCAAACUUUUGAAGCACGCAAUGUCCAUCUUGAUAUUAUUAUUGUGUCUGUCGUUAUUAUUUCCAUCGACUUCUUGUGUGUUCAACUUUAGUGAUGGUUGCUGUUUAUGGUAAUUUCCAACAAGGAAUUAACGAUCAGAAAGGCGUCAACACACAAGUGAAGAGAAAACGGAAACAGAGGAUCCAAAACCAGGCGAUAAGAGAGACGAUCGAUGUUUUGCAAUGCACUGACGACCAAAAUAUUGAAUAGUAUAUCUUGUCAUGUGAACUCUGACUGAUUUGUAUGAUUUCAGUUUGUUUUUAUCAAUGCAACAUCGGAAAAUGAUAACACACACACACACACACACACACACACACACACACACACACACACACAGAGAGAGAGAGAGAGAGAGAGAGAGAGAGAGAGAGAGAGAGAGAGAGAGAGAGAGAGAGAGAGAGAGAGAGAGAGAGAGAGAGAGAGAGAGAGAGAGAGAGAGAGAGAGAGAGAGAGAGAGAGAAAUAUCAUGUAUCUGCAAAUCUGAUGUUUUCCAAGUCGUCUGUCAUUCAAAUACCAUGUCAAAUAAAAAUAAUUAAAUGAA